AUGCACUCUGUGCCUGAUGUGAAGCCAGCUAUAGACAUGGACUGUGUCACUAACCAAGAUUCCCUGUACGUACCCAACUCUGUGACUGCAACACUGGAGGACCUGGAUUUAUGGAGGCAGUUCCACCAGGAAGGGACAGAGAUGAUCAUCACAAAGUCUGGCAGGCGGAUGUUCCCUCAAUGUAAGAUUCGACUCUAUGGGCUCCAUCCCUACACCAAAUAUGUGGUUCUGGUGGACUUUGUCCCUCUAGACAGCUGCAGAUAUAAGUGGAACAAGAACCAGUGGGAGGCAGCAGGUAAAGCAGAGCCACACCCUCCAUGCAGGACGUAUGUUCACCCUGACUCUCCAGCCCCUGGUGCCCACUGGAUGAAGGAUGCAAUCGGCUUCCAAAAACUAAAACUGACCAACAACACUUUGGACCAACAUGGACAUAUAAUUUUGCAUUCAAUGCAUCGAUACAAACCUCGGUUCCACAUAAUUCAGUCUGAUGAUGUGUACAACACCCGAUGGGGACUCCUGCAGGUAUUCAGCUUUCCAGAGACUGAGUUUACAGCAGUCACCGCCUAUCAAAAUGACAAGAUCACAAAACUGAAAAUUGAUCACAACCCUUUUGCCAAGGGAUUCAGAGAACAGGAAAGAGGCCACAAGAGGGAUGACAUGUUGAAACUUCUGCCACAGAGUCCAGGCAAGCGUCAGAAAAGGAAGAAAUGGGAGGACAGUCCUGAACCAGAGGAUGAAGAACGCUCUAAAAUUGCUCGUGUUAAGGAAGAGCCUGGUGUGAUGCCGGCAGAGGUAUAUUCACAAUGGGUUGCAGACCAGGACGGAGCUCUUGGUUUACAUCCCAACUCUCCAGAUUUGACACAGUCGCCACACCAGGAGCAGCAGGUUCCGUCCUCUUCAUCCAGCUUUUUAUAUAGAAGCCCACAGAGAAGAUGUCCUCAACCCCUUCCAGGCUCCUUGGAUGCUUGUGAGGCAGCAGCUAGACGUCUCACACCUGAUGUUGCUACAGUGCCAGAGUCCGAUGUGUGUCAACUUCAAGUAUUUCCUCAGCAUUCUGUACAGGAGCGCACCAGUGGAAUGAACUUCCCAAUGGACACCCCUACACGGCAGACACUGCGUGGGCCUAUGUACAGUCCAUAUGCCACUGACCAGUGGAUGGUUCCCACACAGGGGCAGUAUCGGCCCAUGGGCUACUCCUACCCAACAGACUUUAGUGCCCAGGGACCUGUGAGUCACCCACACAAUGGGAUGUCAGACUGGAGCCAGUAUUCUCUGUUCCCUUACACUUGCUGGUAA